CGGACCUUGUCACACCCCAUGUGUCUGUCCUGCCAGGCUCUGUGGACUUUAUACAUCCUCUGCACGGCUGGAGACCAUGGGAAGCAGUGCCGGGACACCUUCCCUCAUUGCCUUUCAGUGACUUGUUAGAUGUUGAGCGUGUGUCUCUGCUGAUCUGAGCUCUGCAGUGCAGCAGGAACCUGCAUCUUCCCUGAAACAUAUCCAGGUCAUAGAUGACCAGUGUUUAUGGGAGGACCAGCCUCAGAGGGAACACAUGCUGUCCCUGUCUGUCCUGCUGGACACCGUUGUCUCCUUCUGCAUUGCUGAGGACAGAAGGAGAAGACACCAUGACUCCUACCCUUAUGGCCCUAGUAUUCCUUGGGCUGAGUAUGGACCCGAGGACCCCAGUGCAGGCAGACACUCUCCCCAAACCCACCAUCUGGGCUGAGCCAGGCUCUGUGAUCCCUCGGGGGAAGCCAGUGGCCAUCAGGUGUCAAGGGACACUGGAGACCCAAGAGUAUCGUCUGCAUAAAGAGCGAAAUCCAGUGCCUUGGGACCAAAAGAGCCCUCUGGAGCCUGGGGAAAAGGCCAAUUUCUCCAUCCCACACAUGACAGAGAAAUAUUCAGGGACAUAUCACUGUUACUAUCUCGGCCCCACUGGCUGGUCAGAGCACAGUGACCCCCUCGAGCUGGUGGUGACAGGAUUCUACACCAAACCCACCCUCUCAGCCCUGCCGAGCCCACUGGUGAUCUCAGGAGGGAAUGUGACCCUCCAGUGUGGCUCAAAGCUUGGAUUUGCCAGGUUUGUUCUCACUAAGGAAGGAGAAAACAAGACCUCCUGGACCCUGGAUUCACAGCGACAACCCAAUGGGCAGUUCCAGGCCCUGUUCCCUGUGGGCCCUGUGAUCCCCUUCCACAAGUGGAUGUUCAGCUGCUAUGGCUUUUACAGGAACUACCCUCACGUGUGGUCACAUCCUAGUGACCCCUUGGAGCUCCUGGUCUCAGGAGUCUACAGAAAACCUUCCUUCUUGGCCCAGCUGAGUCCCCUGGUGCAAUCAGGACAAAAUGUGACCCUGCAGUGUUGCUCAGAGAUCAUGUUUGACAGCUUCAUUCUGCACAGAGAGGGGGUAAUGGAGAGCCCCUUACACCUUGUUGGGCAGCUCCAUGAUGGGGGCUCCCAAGCCACCUUCCUCAUGGGUCCUGUGACGACAGCCCAUGCGGGGACCUACAGAUGCUUUGGUUCUACCAAUUACUCCUCCUAUGAGUGGUCGACCCCCAGUGACCCACUGAACAUCACGAUCACGGGUCUAUACAAAAAACCUCUCUUAACCCAGUUGAGCCCAGUGGUGAAGUUAGGAGAGAAUGUGACCUUGUUCUGCAGCUCCGAGAGCUCAUUUGAUGUGUACCAUUUAUCCAGGGAUGGGGAGGCCCAUGAACAUUGGUUUGCUGGAGGGCAGAGCCAUAAUGGUGCAUUCCAGGCCAUCUUCCUUCUGGGCCCUGCGACCCCAGCCCACAAUGGGACCUAUAGAUGCUAUGGCUCUUUCAAUGACUCUCCAGGUGUGUGGUCAGACCCAAGUGACCUACUUUACCUUUCUGUCACAGGAGCUUCUGACUCCAAUCCUCAUCCAUGGACCCUGGGACCUCAGUCGUCCACACAGGGAGGGAUGAUGGGAAGCAGUACCAGGACCGCAAUCCUCACUUCUCUUCUCUGCCUUGGGCUGUGUCAUGUCCUGUGGAACCAGGUGCAGGCAGGAACCCCACCUAAACCGUCCAUCUGGGCUGACCCAAGCCCCAUGGUCACCAAGGGGAGCCCUGUGACCAUCUGGUGUCAGGGGUCUCUGCAGGCUAAUGUCUACCAUCUAUAUAAACAGAACAUCUCUAAACCUGUGGAGACAGAGGCCCCACAGGACUCCAGCAACAAGACCAGUUUCUCCAUCGAAUCUAUGAGCACACACACUGCAGGGCUGUAUCAGUGCACGUACAACACCAGCAUGAACAGCUCAUCAGAGCUCAGUGAACCCCUGCCACUGGUGGUGACAGGAGCCUACAGUGCGCCCUCCCUCUCAGCCCAUCCAGGCCCUGUGGUGGCAUCAGGAGGGAAUGUGUCCCUCUCAUGCAGCUCCAACUUGACAUCUGGCACUUUCUGUCUGCUGAAGGAGGGAGGAGCUGACCCUCCCAGAAACAUGGAAUCAAGGACCUCUCAUGGGAGGGGGCAGGCUGUCUUCCCUGUGGGCCCCGUGAACACCUCCCAUGUGGGGACCUACAGAUGCUAUGUUUCUCACAGCUCCUAUCCCUAUGCAUGGUCAGACCCCAGCGACCCUCUGCAUCUCGAGGUCACAGGUGUGUACAGGGAGCCCUCCCUCUCAGCCCAGCCUGGCUCACGGGUGCUCUCUGGACACAACCUGACUCUCCAGUGUCUCUGAGAGGCCUGGCUGUGUUUAGGGCUCAGGAAGGACAGACCUCCCUCCUGCCCUUCCCAGAUGCACAUGCUCCAUGUGCACUCAGGUUUCAAAUGGUACCUGAAGGUUCUGAUUGGAGUCUCUGUGGCCUUCAUCCUGCUGUUCCUCCUCCUCCUCCUCCUCCUCCUCAUCCGACACCGGCGUCAGGGCAAAUACAGGAAGUCAGCCCAGAGACAGGCUGAUCUCCAACUUCCUGCAGGGGCUGCAGACCCACAGCCCAAGGACAGAGGCCUGCAGAUCAGCUCCAGCCCAGCUGCAGAUGCCCAGGAAGAGACCCUCUAUGCUGCCGUGAAAGACACCCAGCCUGAGGAGGGGGUGGAGCUGCACCAUCAGGCUGCUGCAUCUGAAGCCCCCCAGGACGUGACCUACGCCCAGCUUAACCACUCUACCCUCAGACGGGAGACGACACCUCCUCCCUCCCAGUCAGAGGAUCCCCCAGCAGAGCCCAGCAUGUACGCUGCUCUGGCCAUCCACUAG